CAAGAACAAGACACGGACGACGCCGGAAAACGCCAUUUUGUUGUUGUACGAGACCAUUCAAGAAGGACCAAGGAGCUGAAUAAAGGUGAGCCAAGAUGGGACUUAACAUUAGUAGUCUAUUUAACAGAUUGUUUGGCAAGAAAGAAAUGAGAAUCCUGAUGGUAGGACUUGAUGCUGCUGGAAAGACCACCAUACUGUACAAGCUCAAACUGGGAGAAAUAGUCACGACAAUCCCUACCAUUGGUUUCAAUGUUGAGACAGUAGACUACAAGAACAUCAGUUUUACAGUGUGGGAUGUGGGUGGUCAGGACAAGAUCAGACCACUCUGGAGGCAUUAUUUCCAAAACACACAAGGCGUCAUCUUUGUAGUGGACAGUAAUGACAGGGAGAGAAUCGGGGAGGCAAAGGAGGAGCUGUCGCGAAUGCUGAGUGAAGAUGAACUGAGGGAUUGUGUGGUGCUUGUGUUUGCCAACAAACAGGAUCUGCCCAAUGCCAUGAGUGCUGCAGAGAUCACAGAUAAGCUGAUGCUGCAAUCCCUGCGUCAACGACACUGGUAUAUCCAGGCAACAUGUGCCACUACUGGAGAUGGUCUCUAUGAGGGUCUUGACUGGCUUUCAAAUGAGCUAAGAAAUGCAAAAUGAUGCAUCGCUUCACCUCCUCUGUGUCAUCUGUGUGACUGCAGAGUGUGGGAGAUGGCACUGGUCCUGGUCUAAGUCUCUCUAAUCUUUUCCUCCCCUCUUACAUCUGAACUGAUGGCCAGUGCUCCCCUUGCAUCUGUUCACUGUAUGAGUGUGUUUGGUUGUAUUUUUGCAUGAAUGUGUGAGUUGAGUGGGAGCGGCCCUGCUGUGCCUUGAACACAGUUACAGCUAACUGUGAAGCACCUCGUCGCUCCACUGUAAGACUGUAGACACAGGAUGCAGAGUCCUGUUUGACCUAGGUUUACAUCUGCAAGUGAUCGAAAGGCCUUUCUGAUUUUUUCUCAAGCCUGAAAACGCACAGUAUACCAAGUGUAGCCUCUUUGAUUUCAAAGAAUAUCACAUCUCAGACUUUUUUUUUUUUUUUAAUUUUAGAUUAAUUUUUUAGAUUGAAGCUUUGACCCUGGUGGUCAUGACUGGUUUUACCAUGAAAACAUUUUCCAAAUUAACAUAUUUUCUUUCAUUGUAGCUACAAUGUCCUAACCAAAUGCUUUGGAUGCUGUGUGGAUUUGGAGGGUUGUUGCCUUUUUAGAGUUGCUCCCACUCCAUCCUUUUCUUCACUGAUUGUCUUAUUUUCAGCCAUUUCUUUGGGUUAUUGUCUGUUUUCUUUUUAACUAAUGUUUUUUAUAUUAUUUUCUCUACCUGUAUGAUUGCUUUUAUUUAUGCAUGACCUGAUGUUUAAGGUGUGCAGUCUUGACCUUUCUUUUAAAGAUGCUCUUGGGACCAAUUGGUGAGAUUUUGAAAGGGCUUUUUGUGUUUGCUUCAGUUUUGGAUUUGCUCCAUCAGAUGUCUCCAGAGGAUGAACAUUUUCUUAAAAAAGAAAAACAAAAAAAAGAGAAAAGAAAAAGUUGGCCGCUGCAAUUCAUGGUACAGUUUAGUUAAAAAGUGUUUGCUAUGGACUAUCGAUGCUGUAAAUGCUUACUCAAUGCUUCAGGCUUUAUGGUGUUUUUCCUGCAUGUAGCUAGAGCCCUGCUUCUGGAAGUUGACUGGGUGAAUUUCCUCUAAUGUCAUUUGCACGAUUUAAUAAGACAGCACAACACAGGCUUAUGUGAAGACAGUGGAUUAUCCAUCAGCCCUUGAAAUGAACUGAUAGACAAUAACACUUCCUUUUGCUCUUCACCAGCAGACAGUUAAAACGUGCAAGUAAAAUGUGCUGCACCAGUUAACCCAUUAACAGAAUAGCUUUUCACACAUUCCACCAUCUCAAAGGCUCCAGAAAGUAAUAAACCUACUUAGUCAUAACAAUACUGACAUCCAAAGUAACAUUUAUUUACUGCUUUCUUUCCACAACUUUUAUUUUGAUGUUUUCCUUUUGGACUGUUCUUUUUUUUUUUUUAAACAUCUGCACAGUUCAUAGGAUAAAUGGCAUGAUGUACACAGCAAAACAUACAAAUGUAUAUAUAUUCUCUAAGAAAAUGUAUUUUAACUUGAAGUCAUACACAUACCCUUGGUCAGAUGUGAAGCUUUAAUUUUGGAGAUUGUUUCUGUACAAUUGACAGGGUAUGUGCAUCUGUAUGUCUUUAUUACCUUUUAUGCUUUUUUAAACUCGUGGUAACAUCUGAUAAAUGCACUAUAUUAAAGAGAUCUCUAUUGUA